GUCCUCCGCCUGUAGGUCCGCCAUGUCGGCGUCCCAGCUGCACACGCUGCAGCUGCUGUUCCUACUGGGCGCGUCGUGGGCGCGGGCAGGCGCCCCGCGCUGCACCUACACCUUCGUGCUGCCCCAGCAGAAGUUCACUGGAGCAGUGUGCUGGAGCGGGCCGGCGGUCACUCGCCCGGCACCCGAAGCCGUGAACGCCAGCGAGGUAGCGGCUCUGCGCGUGCGCGUGGGCCGCCACGAAGAGCUGUUGCGCGAACUACAGCGGCUGUCGGCGGCAGACGGCGCCGUGGCCGGGGAGGUGCGCGCACUGCGCAAGGAGAGCCGCGGCCUGAGCACGCGCCUGGGUCAGCUGCGCGCGCAGCUGCAGCACGAGGCGGGGGCGGAGCCGGGCCCCCGGGCAGAGCCCGCCGCGGCGCUGUCGCUGCUGGGGGAGCGCGUGCUGAACGCGCCAGCGGAGGCGCGGCGCGCGGCCGCCCGCUUCCACCAGCUGGAAGUCAAGUUUCGCGAGAUGGCGCAGCUGGUCAGCCAGCAGAGCGGCCUCAUCGCCCGCCUGGAGCGCCUGUGCACUGCGGGCGCGGGCGGGCAGCAGCAGCAGCAGGUCCUGCCACCACCCCUGGUUCCGGUGGUUCCAGUCAGUCUGGUGGGAGGCACCAGUGAAACCAGCAGGAGGCUAGACCCAGUCCCAGAGCCCCAGAGUGACCAGACCUCCAGGCAGCAGGGGCCCUUGGCCUCCCCCAUGCCUGCAGGGCACCCUGCUAGCCCCACCAAGACGAUGGGCCCAUGGCGGGACUGUGCAGAGGCCCACCAGGCAGGCUACAGGCAGAGUGGAAUCUAUGAGCUGCGAAUGGGCCGGUAUGUGGUGUCUGCAUGGUGUGAGCAACAGCUGGAAAAUGGAGGUUGGACUGUGAUCCAGAAGCGGCAAGAUGGCUCUGUCAAUUUCUUUACUACCUGGCAACACUACAAGGUGGGUUUUGGGCAGCCAGAUGGAGAAUACUGGCUGGGCCUUGAACCUGUGCAUCAACUGACCAGACGUGGGGACCAUGAGCUGCUGGUACUCCUAGAGGAUUGGGGGGGUCGUGGGGCACGCGCCCACUAUGAUGGCUUCUCCUUGGAGGCUGAGAGUGACCAUUACCGUCUAAGGCUAGGCCAGUACCAUGGAGAUGCUGGAGACUCUCUUUCCUGGCACAAUGACAAGCCUUUCAGCACCGUGGAUAGGGACCGAGACUCUUAUUCUGGUAAUUGCGCCUUGUACCAGCGAGGAGGCUGGUGGUACCAUGCCUGUGCCCACUCUAAUCUCAAUGGCGUUUGGCACCGUGGAGGCCACUACCGCAGCCGCUAUCAGGAUGGUGUCUACUGGGCUGAGUUUCGCGGUGGGGCUUACUCUCUGAAGAAGACUGCCAUGCUGAUCCGGCCCCUGAGGCUGUGACCA